AUGGAUGCAUUAACAUCUAUUCUCCCAUUCAAACAAUAUUUACCACACAAAUUAUCUUAUGAUAAACAAGAAACAUUUUUAAAAUUAUUUAUCUUAACUUUUGCUGGUAUAUUAGCUUUUGCUACACGUUUAUUUUCUGUUUUACGUUAUGAAUCAGUUAUUCAUGAAUUUGAUCCAUAUUUUAAUUAUCGUACAACAAAAUUUUUAACUGAUGAAGGCUUUUAUUCAUUUCAUAAUUGGUUUGAUGAUCGAGCAUGGUAUCCAUUAGGACGUAUUAUUGGUGGUACAAUUUAUCCUGGGUUAAUGGUUACAUCAGCUGCUAUUUAUCAUACAUUACGUUGGUUCCAUAUUACAAUUGAUAUUCGUAAUGUAUGUGUUUUUUUAGCACCAUUAUUUUCAAGUUUUACUGUUAUUGUAACAUAUUUAUUGACAAAAGAGCUUAAGAAUGCAAGUGCUGGUCUUGUUGCUGCAUGUCUUAUAUCAAUUGUACCCGGUUAUAUAUCACGUUCAGUUGCAGGUUCAUAUGAUAAUGAAGGCAUUGCAAUAUUUUGUAUGUUAUUAACAUAUUAUUUAUGGAUUAAAGCAAUUAAAACUGGCUCAAUUAUGUGGUCAGCAUCAUGUGCAUUAGCUUAUUUUUAUAUGGUUUCAUCAUGGGGUGGUUAUGUCUUUUUAAUUAAUUUAAUGCCAUUACAUGUUCUAGCAUUGAUGGUUACGGGACAUUUUUCGCAUAGAGUUUAUGUGGCAUAUUCAACUGUGUAUAUUUUGGGAACAAUUUUAUCAAUGCAAAUACCAUUUGUUGGUUUUCAACCGGUACAAUCUAGUGAACAUAUGCUUGCAUUUGGUACAUUUGGUUUAUGUCAAAUAUAUUCAUUUGUUGAAUAUGUGAAAUCAAAAUUGACAGAAGCACAAUUUAAUGCAUUGUUUUCAUUUGCACUUAUGACAGUUGGUUUUGGUCUUGGGAUUGCUGGAUUAGUUUUAUGGGCUAGUGGAAAAAUUGCACCAUGGACUGGCCGAUUUUAUGCUUUAUUAGAUCCAUCAUAUGCAAAAAAUCAUAUUCCAAUAAUAGCUAGUGUUAGUGAACAUCAACCGACAGCUUGGUCAAGUUUCUUUUUUGAUUUUGAAUUACUUGUUUUUAUGUUUCCAGUUGGUAUUUAUUAUUGUUUUAAAGAAUUAACUGAUGCAAAUAUCUUUAUUAUUAUGUACGGUAUGACAGCAAUCUAUUUUGCCGGUGUUAUGGUUCGUUUAAUGUUAGUUCUUGCACCAGUUAUGUGUAUUCUAUCUGGUAUUGGUAUAUCAAGUAUUUUAACAACUUAUAUGCGUAAUUUGGAUGUAAAUCAAUUAAAAAAAACAACUAGUAGUACUGCAUCAAGUCAAAGUUCAUCACGAUCACGUCGUGGUGAUGAUUCAUCAACAUAUCCACGAAAAAAUGAAAUUGCAUUUGGUGUUGUUUGUUUAAUGUCAUUUUUCUUAAUUACAUAUGUUUUUCAUUGUACAUGGGUUACAAGUGAAGCUUAUUCAUCACCAUCGAUUGUUUUAUCAGCUCGUACUGGUACUGGAUCAAAAUAUAUAUUUGAUGAUUUUCGUGAAGCAUAUUGGUGGUUAAGAUAUAAUACAGAUGAGGAUGCAAAAGUUAUGUCAUGGUGGGAUUACGGAUAUCAAAUAACAGCAAUGGCUAAUAGAACAAUUUUAGUGGAUAAUAAUACAUGGAAUAAUACACAUAUUAGUAGAGUUGGACAGGCCAUGUCAUCAACAGAAGAUAAAGCUUAUGAAAUAAUGCGUGAACUUGAUGUUGAUUAUGUAUUAGUUAUAUUUGGUGGUUUAAUUGGUUAUUCAUCAGAUGAUAUAAAUAAAUUUUUAUGGAUGGUUCGUAUUGGUGGUUCAACAGAAAAAGGUGCUCAUAUUAAAGAAAAGGAUUAUUUUACACCACAAGGUGAAUUUCGCGUUGAUAAAGAUGGUUCACCAAUAUUACUUAAUUGUUUAAUGUAUAAAUUAUCUUAUUAUCGAUUUGGUGAAACAUAUACUGAACAAGAUAAACCACCUGGUUAUGAUCGUACACGAUCAGUUGAAAUUGGUAAUAAAAAUUUUGAAUUAGAAAAAUUAGAAGAAGCUUAUACAACUGAACAUUGGCUUGUUCGUAUUUAUAAAGUGAAAAAAGAAGAAAAUCGUGGUCAAUCAUAA